AUCCUUCACAAGAAACAUCUAAUCAUGUUACAACGGUAUUUACUCCACAUAACAAAUGAAUAAAAGGUCCCUUUGCAUUUGGUGAGGAAUACCCUCAAGUUUUUGUUAAUUUGUUCCCGGAAUUACAUUCCUAUUUGGGGUGCUUCAAAAGAGAGUUUCACAAAACCAUAUACACAUCUGCACACAAUCAUCCUGAAAGGAGCAUAAAGUCAGAGGCGUUGGAAUAUUAGAACUAUGAAAUCCGCUACUAAACGAUUGACAGAAUGAAAGCAUUUAUCUAUUUGCUUGGCACAGCUUAGAUAAUUACAAUUUAUACUCAUAGUCUCUCACAGUCUCUACAAAUAUCUGCCAUAUGUUUCUUGCAUAUCAACUCUCUUUUUCUCGCGCUCUCUUUCUUACCGUUUGAAAUGACAUAUUAACAUUGCAGUGUAGUGGUUAUUGCAAAUAAGUUCAAUGCAUUCACAGAGCAAAUGUAAGAAGGAAAGAAGGCAAGAAAGUGCAAAGAAUAACAGAAGUACUUUGGAAAAAAGUAAACAACGUUAAACAAAAGAAAAAAAAUUAUAAAUAAACACAAAAUUCCGAGAUUUGCAACAAAUCGCUAAGAGACUAAUGUAGUGAUUAAAAUAUCCAUAAAUAAUUGGUAAUGAUGAAGUUCCACAUUACCACUCUGAUGUUUAUCAUAUUUGAGCACAUCAACAAGAUCUUCACACAAGGCAUACCCAUAAGUCCAUGCCCUAAAAUGUUCCAGUAUCGUUUCGAUGGCUCCGAAUGGUUUGGCAUUUUAUCGGUGCGUAAUCCUGACUUUGGACAAGCUUUGCAUUUGCGUGUUACGCUUUCCAUGAGGGGUAAGCCAACUACGAAUUAUUUGGGUGAAAUUGAAUUGUUGACGCGUGGGCAAUUUUUGAGCGACACACCGGUACUGUAUAAAAUUAAAUUUCCGAAAAAUCACUUCCCACCCAAAUUGUUACAAAUCACAACGAAUAAUCAGGUUGUUUGUCUUGGAGCAGCAGAUCACAGUAUCUUUGUGACACAAAUACAAUUGGAACAUACAAGGAAGUUUACAUUUGUGCCCGAUGAGCAGCAAUCAUUGCCUGCUGCCGCAUCAUCAGUUUCAUCAUCGUCUUCUGCAUUAGCCUUACCUUCAUCAUCGCAAACGCAAUCGACAGCGACAGCAUUAGGUGGUAUUGCUGGAAUGGGAGGCGGCUCUUCACACAUCUCUUCCAUGCUGUCGCCCCUAACAACAGGUCACAAGGAUUCCUCUGGUCUGGGGCCAACAAAUAUUGCAUUUGGCACCAAACAUUUGCCUCUUAGCAACAUGGAUAAGACUCCUGUGCGUAUUUCAAAGGAUAUCUGUGGCACUAUCGAUGACCGUAUACGCUUUCAAGUUUUGCAUGCCUUAAAACAAAAGUCUGAUUUAGCUUCCACUAGCAGCUCUACAUUUUCUUCAAUUAGAAAUCCCUUGGCUAAAGUUGGUGUCAUAAUGACCUCAGCCCUGGCAAGGCAAGACGUUAACAGUUAUAAUAUCACCAUGGGUGGCCCCAGGUUUGGUGUGCAGGAUGACGAUGUCGAUGUCGUUGCCGAGAGUAACGAUGACAGCAGUGAUUUACCACCUUUGGUUACUAGCGAUGCUGACAAUCCUGCCGAAUUUUCAUCCGAUGACGCAGCAGCAGCACCCACCUCAAACACAGAUGAUGGUUCGAUGACCAUCCAAGAGUUACCAUCAAUCACACGCGGUGCUUGGCCCUGGCUGGCUGCGGUCUAUGUCAAUAAUUUGACCUCCUUGGCGUAUCAAUGUGGUGGUACAUUGAUCUCGCAACGUAUUGUGGUCAGUGCGGCCCACUGUUUUCAGUUGUUCAAGAAACGUUAUACCGCCAACGAAGUAUUAGUGUUUCUGGGGCGCCACAAUCUGAAAAAUUGGAAUGAAGAAGGCUCUUUGGCGGCACCUGUCGAUGAUAUAUUCAUUCAUCCGGAUUAUAAUCAACAUUUGAGUUCGUAUGAUGCAGAUAUUGCUGUGGUGGUGCUAAAAAAUGAAGUCAGGUUCAAUACGUUCAUACGACCCGCCUGCAUGUGGUCCGGCUCAACUAAAAUCGAAUACAUUGAAGGGGAACCCGGCAUUGUGGUUGGCUGGGGUUUGGGUGGUUUUAAUAUAACCAAGCAAAUGUCCACUACCAGUACUGUGCCGAAAAUUAUGAGCACACCUAUAGUGUCAAAUGAAGUUUGUUAUGCUGCAAAUCCCAAAUUUCGUAGCCUUACCUCUAAUCGAACAUUUUGUGCAGGUGUGAUGUUUGAUAAGAACCUGGGAACAAAAUCACUAGCCUCAAAGCCUUUGGUAUUCAAUGGACAGGCGACUCAGGGUCCCUGUUCCGGAGACUCUGGUGCCGGUCUGAUGCUUUUGAAAAACAAUCGUUGGAUGUUAAGAGGUACGGUAUCAGGAUCAUUGCCACUCGCUUCGAAUGCAAAAAACGUAGAGGAGGCGAAGGCACGUCCCAGCAUAGCCCCCACCAGCAGCACAAGAAGUUGCAGCAUUAAUCAAUAUGUGAUAUACACGGAUGUGGCCAAAUUUCUCGAUUGGAUAUUUGCUUUCAUCAUUUGAGCAAAAUGAAUUGAACGAAUGAUUGGAGCUAGCUAAUUGGACUUCAUUGCACGAAUUCGAUAUCACACAGAGCCCCCACAACUCCCAAUUUUGUAGUGGGCCACAGAAAAUAGGGAGUGAAUGAUGCAAACUGCAUACUACUGCUGCUGCUUAGAUGGAUGAAUGAUUUUCAUUGAUGUGGGUAUGGACAUUUUUUCUCGUACCUUUAUAAUUUUUUGUGUGUGAAUAUAAAAUAAUUUUUUUGCGUGUUAGGGUUGAUGUGAAUUUCAAUGUUGCUGUGCCAGCCACAGAGUUCGUUUUAUUAAAUUUAUUUAAGAAGCCACUUUGUAAAUAUUUGAAAUAUAUUUAAAGAGGGAAACCAUCUGUGAGUAGAUUUAAUUGUGGCUUAAAUGAACUGUGAUAGUUUUAAACAAUAAUAAUAAUAGUAAUCAUGUAUAUAUGUGGAAUACCGAUAAUAAAGCAACAAGAG